GUCAAAAUUCGACAACACCCAACACCUUAUUUGUAGAAAACAUUAUUUUGGAUUUUUAUACCUUUUAGAGUUUAUAAUAUGUCGGGAAAUGUGUCAGCGACACGUUUGUCGAUGCUGCCCAUCGACAAGCUGCAGCGAGGGCAAAUCACUCCAGUGGCUUUGGAGGAUGGAGCCCUGAUCCCUGGUCGGAGCGUGUUCGCUAGUGAUAUGGUUCUGGCCAUGGACGAGGACGCUGAAAACGAUGAAGAUGAUGAUGAUAUUUACAGCUUGCCUUAUUUUCAAGCCUCUCUAUUUGCCACCAUCUUGGAAGACACUAUCACUGAAAUGCGGAUACUUGUGGACUGCAACUCCGAACUGGGUCUAAGCAAAGCCCUAGUGGACCUGGAACUCUUGAGGGCUCUCAAGUAUAAAGUGGCACAGCCUCUCGUCAAGGACGAACUGGACGGCAUCGACGUGCGCCGAUUGAACUGCGUGGAGUACAAGAUCAACAAGCUUGAUGCUGACAGGAAGAGCCUUCAAAAGUCGUUAUUGGACAUGUACUUGGAUCUGUCCCUGCGCAGAACAUUCCAGGCGCUGGCUUCGCACGUCCACGUCAUUGUGGACAAAAUUAACCACUACAACUUUCUUUUGGAGGACGAGGCAAAGAAUCGAGUUACUCGCCGAGAACUGGCCCGGCAGCUGAGACAGCAGCGAAACCACAUCAAGUCUGUGUUCUACGACACAGACUGCGUCAUUGAGGAUCUUAAAACACAAGUUGAAGAUGCAGCACUAAACUCGGAGAUCCGGAGCCGCUACGUCGAGAAUUGGCAGCGCGCGCGCACCGAACAGAAUACUCAGCUCAUCAACACUAAAGAGUCUCGUCCCUGCAACGUCAUUGAGUACUACAAGCAAAGAUCUGAUCACGAGCAAAGGGUGCACACUGAGGUAGAGCUUCUGACGACCAUCGUUAUCAAUGAAACAUUACAAAAGGUGGAAUCUUGGAUGAACAAGUACGACAAGGACAUGGAGGCAAUAGAACUUAAAAUCCAGAGGAUGAAGACCAAGCAUGUAUCCCAACUUGAAAGGAGGCAGGAGCUUGAAGACACGUUGGAAAAGCACGCGGCGCUCAUAAAACUGUGGGUAGAUUUCAAAGACGAACGGGAGAGAGCUCGCUUAUACAGAGAGAAGAUGCACAACGCAGCAACAGUAGUCCAGGCUUGGUGGCGAGGGUUGCUGGUCAGGAACCAGCUGGGACCUUACAAGCCAAUGCCCAAGAAAGGCGGGAAGCCAGCACCUGCAGAGAAACCAGGGAAGAAGAAGAAGUAACGAGGGUCUAUGGAAAAAUGAUGCCUCGUUUUUUGUACUAUGUGAUAUUAGUUAACUUUGUAAUCAUUUAAUUUGUUUAUGUCGUUUAUUUUGUAAUUUUGUCUAACUUAUUUUAAUUUGUUGUUAUUUAUUUUUGUAAUGAUGUUGAUUGAUAUUGAUAAAUUAAUAUUAAUUUGUAGCUUAGCUUUAUUUGAAAUUAAA